CAGCGUUGAAGCCGCCCAGGCUUCUUCUGUUAGUCAGUGCGAGGAAAAUUAACCGCACAGUCUGUUAUCAAAUGCAUUUUAGCAAAAAGUCAGACAUACGCUGGACACCCACUGCGGGUGUUGUACGAGUCGUCUCUGAAGUCCCUCGUUAGCUGCAGAGAGAGAGAGAGAGAGAGAGAGAGAGAGGGAACGGUCAUGCAUCUGCUGUGAUAAUGGAUCGCAGAAACAGGAAUAAAAGAAGCAGCAACUACAACAAUGUGACGGAGCCCGAGUACGACGUGGUAGAUGACCAGGACGAAGGGAUUCAUGCGCGCAUACUUCCUGCCAGGCCCUUGAAUGAUGAGAGAGAGUAUGCAGACAGGGAUCUCCCGAGGUCACCGGGGGCAACCAAACUCUCAUCACUCUGCGCUGGUCAUGCCAACAUGCUGCCAGGGGAAGUCCCACUUCCUUCAGUCAGCGGACCUGCAGUGAACCGAGAUCUUAAACCAGGCAGAAGAAAGGUCAGAUUAGAUAAGAAGCCCUCACCUUGGCUACCAGGAGAACAGCGCUUUCACAGGCAAUCUCCAUCACCUCCGACAGAGAUAGUGAAUCAGCUGCCUUCGCUGACGAUAGGCGAAUCCAGCAGGAGAGGGGGUCUGAGAGAGACUGAAAAAGCUGAACUCAUUUCACAACCCAAAGGUCUACAGAGUGCUGAGAGUAUUUUAUCCCUUCAUUCCAAUCUAAAACAGUCUCUUGAUUUGGAAACUCAUAAUUUAGAAACAAGGUCACAACAAAAUCUAGAGAGGGUGCGAUCACAACGUCAUCACCACGAGUGGCCUCAAACUAAAGAAGACGUUGACCAGCAUGACUUUGUUCCAAUGGAAAAGCCUCAACAGACCAACAGCGAGGACGACUGGUAUGUUGGGGCUUGUACUCGAGCAGACGCUGAACACGCCUUACACCUGGUCAACAAGGAUGGAGCCUUUCUGGUACGAGACUGCUCCAUGAACACCGACGGGGAGCCCUUUGUGUUGGCCGUGUAUCACGAGAAGAAGGUUUACAAUAUCAAAAUCCGGUUCAUCGAGAGCUCCGGCCAGUACGCCCUGGGAACGGGACAACGGUCCAAUGAUAUGUUCGACUCUGUAGCAAACAUCAUCAAGAUUCACUCCAUAUUCCCAAUAUCGCUCGUCAGCGGGAGGAUCAUGCCCCGAAGACAGAGCCCAGAAAACUGCGUGCUGACGUUUCCUGUAACAAAAAAGGAUCUCGACGCAUUGCUGGAGUGACUCGUGAAGAUAAUCGGCUCAAUCUGUCAUGGAAAAGAAGAAACCUGAUGUAAUGAUGUCAUAGAUUUAGCUCUUUGGUAAUGGAAAAUAACCAUCAGAUUACGGCUGAACUUCAUGAGGAGCGAGUACACAACUUGUAAAAGUGUUUACCUGUGUCAAAUAAAAAGAACC